AUGACUCGUUAUUUCUGCUGCGGAAACUACUUCCCAGGCUACCCUUGCUUUGGAACCAACUUCCACGGGACCUACAGAGCCACGCCCCUGAACUGCGUGGUGCCUUUGGGCACACCCCUCAACCACUGCUACAGCUCCCGCAACCACUGCUUCGGAGGCGGUAACUACCAGAACCUGGGCUGUUGCUAUGGUAGCAGCUAUUACAGGCCUUGGGGCUCCGGCUCUGGCUUCGGCUACAGCACCUACUGAUGGACCAGUGGCUCUGGCGACUACAGGACUCCCGAUCGAUUCUCUGCAAAGAACAAGCUGAAGAGCAAGCUGACUGUCUUCCUGCCUGCAGAUGCGCUCGGGGAGAGACUGACUUCUUACUGCGGUCUGGCUCUUCUGAUGCUGAACAAGUCACCCUGA